AGAUCUCCGUGAGAAUCGAAUCCAAAGCAUCAAUAACUCGACUUUUACGUCAAUCAUAAAAAUCAAAUAUUUGUAUCUUAAUGAUAACAACAUAACAUUUCUUUCACCGUCGGCCUUCUCAAGACAGUCUGCAUUGCGUGAUCUUAACGUGAGCAGCAACCCACUAAAAGUUCUGAGGAACGGGUGCUUCAAAGGACUGAAAAGACUGGGCAAUCUGCACCUAAAGAAUUGCUCCAUACACGUUAUAGAAGAGGGUGUUUUCGACGACGUGAGCUGGUUGACUCAGCUGGAAAUCAGCUUCAAUAACAUCAAAAAUAUCACUUCUCGAACGUUUGCAAAGCUUCGACGUUUAAUGAUCUUGAAUCUUGGUAGAAAUGAAAUUGAUUAUCUUCAUCCUGAAACAUUUAAAGGCAAAACAUACAUUUUACGAUUAUAUUUGAACAGCAAUCGUCUUUCAAGGAUCCCAAAAGGGCUGUUUGAUGAUCUAUAUCGAUGUCAAUUUAUUCUUUUAAACAACAACGAUAUUUCUUACAUCGAGCCUGGGGCAAUGAGAGGACUAACACAGACCAGUCAUGCAUUUUUCCAUCACAAUAAACUGACAAACAUAACGAAGCGGGAUGAGUUCCAAGCAAUGCGUAACCUUGUGCUUGCGAUAUUUUCGGACAACAAGAUAUCUAGCAUAGAACCAGGAUCAUUUGUCAUGACGCACAUGACCUCACUAGUGGUUUACAACAACAAGUUAUCUUCAGUCAACAUUAAUGUCUUCAGUGGUUCUGUAAUCCCACAAAAUGGAGUCUCUAUUUUCAUGUUUGCAGAAAGUCUACUCAAGUUUACUGUCCAAACAAAUGAGUUGGGGGAAAUCCUGAAUACAACUGGUUUCCUCUGCAGCAAGAUUGGGUACUGUCAUCCAUGCGCUAGAGGGACAUACUCUAUUGGUGAUGGCGUAACCACGGGAUGUGUAAAAUGUCCUGCAGGAGGUUUCUACCAGGACUCGGUAGCUGCGGUUGGUUUGACUUCACAUGGUAAUGGAUGUAAGGAAUGUCACCAAGGAACCUUUGUGCAUCCAAAAAACGCACCAGGAAUAUUACUAUCAGACUGUAAUGCUUGCCCUGAAGGGACCAACACAACAAGUUUCGCUGGAUUCAGGGCGUGUCCCUGUCUUAGAAACAGCUACCGUUUAGACCGCUUUGGCAAAUGUUUCCCUUGUCCUGGUCAAGGGACCAUAUGUCAAAAGGACGUUGUUAUUCUAUCUCCCGGAUAUUAUUGGUCCCUUGAGGGACCUGGAUUUGCGAUUCGAGAAUAUAAAGAACUGGUGGAUAACCUGGAGAUUGAGGGCGAUGAUUACGACAAAAACACCUCUGUUUACCACGGGGUCCUGCCGAUACCACACAAGUGUCAACGAGCAGAAUCGUGCAAGGGGGGUCUUCGUGCCGACUGCGCUACAGGCUAUACGGGCCCCCUGUGUGCUGUCUGUUCUCAUGGAUACUACAAGCGCCUCCUUGAAUGCCACACAUGUCCUUCCAAGACAAUCGCAGCUAUUCAGAUGUCAGGUGUAUUCUGCGUGUUGGCUGUCAUCUUUGUAGUACUUACCCGAAGCGACAAAAGAUCCAAGUCAUCGGGAAGGGCCACAACUGAUAUUUUUCUAGCGCACGUGAAGAUCCUUCUUGGGUUUUACCAAGUGUUAGCUGGAAUCCUUCAAGCCUUUUCGUACGUACAAUGGCCCUCAGCAGUAUCUUCUAUCGGCUAUUACGUGCGCUUCAUCCAGCUGAAUAUUCUGCAGAUCGUGCCAUUAAGCUGUCUGGUUCCCAGUCUCAAAGUCAACGCGUACAGUGACUUUGUUCUAGGACUGGCAGGUAAUGUGGUCUGCGUUGCCAUGCCAAUGUUAUAUUACAUCAUAAGGAAGCUGUGGUUUGACAUCAAAGGUAUCGAUGCCAAAGAUGCUCUGUUUGCUUCUAAACGUUCUUGCCUUCGUAUGUCAUUGUUCCUCUCGUUCGUUCUUUACCCAUCAACAUGCGUCAGAGUGUUUGAGAUUCUUCCUGCCUCGUGCCACCAGUUAUGUCCACACGAGGAAGCACGUGUUUGCCCAGCCUACUUGAGAUCUGACUACACACUUGAGUGCUUCACCAAACAACACGUGAGGUUUUAUUCCGCAGCAUACGCGUCGCUGAUUUACGUGAUUGGGUUUCCUGUGGUAUUGACUCUACUUCUUUGGAAAUAUCAUUAUAAGAACCUCCAAAAGGAAGGGCAAGUCAAAGACGUUACUCCCAUCACAUUGUCACUCAGUUUCCUACACGAGAACUAUUCAAGCAAGUGUUGGUACUGGGAGGCAGUAGAAAUGGCACGAAAAGUCAUCCUGACAGCCGGCGUUGUGUUUAUUGGCUCCCAAAGUCGAACCCAGAUCGGCGUGGCUGCCAUGACGUCAGCAGGGUUUGCCGUGCUUCAUGCUCUAUUCAGACCAAUCCCAGACCUAUUCGAGGAUUACCUGCAGAUGACGUCGUUAUUGGUGACGUCAUUUAAUCUUGGGAUUGGUGUGUUGCUAAAGGUGCCCUCAGAUGAGAGUUAUGAUUCUGGUGUUGACCGUGGACAGGACGGUAUUGGACUCGGGAUUCUACUUGUCAUUACAAAUUCACUGGUCAUAGCAAUCGUAGCAGUCCGCUACUUGGUUGGUUUUGGAAGAUUAUUGCUAUCAAUGUGCAAUAACCCACAGUGUAAUGUAAGCUGCUUUUUGACGUUUCUUCUCACCGUACAAGAUGCACAGAACGAGAUAUACGACACGAGAUUCAGAAACACAGUCAGCGCGCAAGUCACGGACAGCCUUGGCACGCCUAACUCUGCCAUAUCUGAUAUUGUCAAUGAAAAAAUCGAGAUUGAUUUGAAAGAACAAAAACAAGUAGAAGGAAUUACAAAUGGUGACGUCACGAAAAUGGUUGAAGAAACAAAAUUCUAAUUUGAAGAAGAAGUAAUCGGACGCGUACGAAGAAAUUAUCUUCUUCAAGUCAAAGAAAAAGAUAAGACAUUUUACUACCAAUAUUCCAAACAAUUAGCCUGUACCUACCUACCCACUUAUCCACUUACCCACUUACCCACUUACCCACCUACCCAC